AGACAAACUUCAUUCUCAAUAUUCAUCCAUGAUGGAAACUAUCAAUAUUCACGGGAAAGACCCCUUGGUCCAGGCUCAUCACCGCAAAAGGUUCUCAUUCUUCAAAUCACACUGGGGGUCGGCUCUUGCCUUUGGACUUACCCUUAUCACUUUCCUAACCCUCCAAUCCGCCUACAACAAAACCUACAACGCCAGCGGCCUGGUCAUUCCGAAAUGCGGCCCAACGGUUGCUGAAGCGAAAGCUCAAGGCUGUGUGUUCGACCUCCUAAACUAUAGCUGGACACCUCCCGCCUGUUAUGACAAAGAGCUUUCGGAGGAAAUGAUGGAAGAAGAGUUCAAGGCACGUGGUCCUUGGCGGUGGUACCUGGCAGACAACUUUACUCAGGAGAUUCCGCAAGACGUGGAAGAUUUGGGUACCCGCAAGCAAGUGUAUGUCGAGCAUCGCUACCAUGUACUUCACUGUUUGGGGACUUGGAGAACACUGCAUCGAUCGGUCAUGGACGGCCGACCAGGAUUGGUCCCUGAUUCAAUAGAUUAUGGGCAUACCACGCAUUGCACACAAUUCAUUAGGGACUCGGCGCUUGACUAUGGGGAAAAGCCAAAGCAAGAAACUGUUGCUUUGGUAUUCAGUGGAUGUGUAAGGACUGGGGAUAGAUAA